GUGCGGGAUCAAGAGCCCCGUCCGCUUGGCUCGCUGCGCGUGCCUCUUCCUCCAAUAGAGGGGGCGACUCGAGCUCGUCAAGGACGUCGACGGCGCUACAAAAAGGCUUUGCUUCGGAGGCUUCGCUGGGGCCAGCAGCUCUUCUAGUGCCUUUCUCCGAUAAUCGAGCUCGGACCAAGCUAACUAAACGCAAAUCCUGAAAGGCUGCAGGUUUGGGGAGGUGUGAAGACCCUCUAGAAAAGGGAGAGGGAGCAAUUGGGCUAACCCUGGGUCUCACGCAGACACCACGGUGACUUGGAGGCAGCUGUAAAGGAGACCGGCGGCGGGUUGCGCGGACGGUUGUGCGCUUGGCAGCAGGACUGGGGAACGAGCGUCUGGAUCACUGUCCCUUUCUUCCCUCCUCCUCCGCUUCGCCGCUUUCUUGGAGUUCCUCCUGGGGGAGAAAUUGCCCCCCCCGAAAAGCCUGGGAAAGCUCCAGCUCCGGAUUGCGCUCGCGCGCUUGAAGUGUGAAACGCUCGCUCUCGUUCUCUCUCGCUUAUUGAGAAAUCGACCCUUCUGUUUUCCGGGAUACUGGGAUGUAAGCUCCUCCGUGUGAGAAAUCUUCGCCUUUCUUCUCUCCCCCUCCUUUUGCAGAGCAGCUGCUCUUGCUAUUACUCCCGGUGGACGGAAGAGAGAGGAGGAUAGGGUGGGGAUUUCUUCUACCCCCCCCCCCCUUGUAAAUUCAAUGGAUAUGAACUUGGGGGCUUUGGAACCCUGCUGGUUUGGAAUAUCUAGGUGCUGAGAUCGCCUUCUGGAGCGACAGACGCAAGUUCACUGGGGAGAAGGAUUUGUCGAGGAGCAAGAUGCCACUGGCCACCCUCUACUUCGUGUUGCCCUUAAUGGAAAUACUCUUCUCCGUUGAAGUGAGUGGGCUGCUUGGAGGAGACCAUCUGGAUUGUGUGAAAGCCAGCGACCAGUGUCUCAGGGAGCAGGGCUGCAGCACUAAAUACAGGACACUGAGGCAGUGUGUAGCUGGCAAAGAGAGCAACUUCAGCCGGGCAGCAGGCCUGGAGGCGAAGGAUGAGUGCAAAAGCGCCAUGGAGGCUCUCAAGCAGAAAUCCCUCUAUAAUUGCCGCUGCAAAAGAGGCAUGAAAAAGGAGAAAAACUGCCUGCGUAUUUACUGGAGCAUGUACCAAAGCUUACAGGGAAAUGAUUUGCUUGAAGAAUCACCUUAUGAACCAGUGAACAGCAGGUUAACGGACAUAUUCAGGCUAGCACCAAUUGUAUCAGUGGAGCCUGUCAUUUCAAAAGGGAACAACUGUUUGGACGCUGCAAAAGCCUGUAACCUAGAUGAUACCUGCAAGAAAUUUCGAUCGGCGUACAUAACACCCUGUACCUACAGUGUGUCUAAUGAAAUCUGCAAUAAGCGGAAGUGUCACAAGGCCCUAAGGCAGUUUUUUGACAAAGUUCCCCCCAAGCAUAGUUAUGGGAUGCUCUUCUGUUCCUGCCGAGAUAUUGCAUGUACAGAAAGAAGACGACAGACUAUUGUCCCUGCGUGUUCAUAUGAGGACAGGGAGAAACCAAACUGCCUGAAUUUACAAGAUACUUGCAAGACGAAUUACAUCUGCAGAUCUCGCCUUGCAGAUUUUUUCACAAACUGCCAGCCUGAGUCACGGUCUGUUAGUAGCUGCCUGAAAGAGAACUAUGCUGACUGCCUCCUUGCUUACUCAGGGCUUAUUGGCACAGUUAUGACACCAAAUUAUUUGAACUAUAAUAAUCUCAGCGUUGCACCAUGGUGUGAUUGCAGCAACAGUGGCAAUGACCUAGAAGAAUGUCUGAAAUUUCUGAAUUUCUUCCAGGAUAAUUCAUGCCUUAAAAAUGCAAUUCAGGCUUUUGGCAAUGGUACAGAUGUGAAUGUGUGGCAACCAUUCCUACCUGUGCAAACUACUACAGCUUUAACUACCACAGCAUACAGAUCAAAGACAUAUGACUCUGAGAAUGCCAACAAUGAAAUACCUACUAAUAAUGACUUACCAGCAUGUGCCAACAUCAAGGGACCGAAGCAGAGUUUCAAUGAAUCUGUAAUAACAGAACCCUGUGUGACUGGGAAUACAAUUGGGAAGGAGAGUGUGGCAGGAGGCUCCACUAGUCACAUAUCUUCUGAUCAUUCAUCUUCUCUUCGCAUAAGCAUCAGGUCAAGCACACUUCUUCUGCUGAUGGCAAUUGCAUUCUCAUUCUGUUGGUAUCCACGUUCAGAAGAAACCUUGUACCUGCUUUAACAAAAGGACCCAUAAAAAGAAAGGAAAGGAAAAGCAAAGAAAAGAAAAGAGAAAAGAAAAGAAAUUGAUCUGUCUAUCCUCUAUCCUCCUCUGUUGUUGAUCUAAAAUUACAGUUCUAGGAAUUAAGUUGAAACGCUGUGCUAAAAAACAGGUCUGGAUCAAUGUUGUUGUCAUGUCAUCAUAUUAUAUUAUUAUUAUUAUUAUUAUUAUUAUUAUUAUUAUUAUUAUUAUUAUUAUUAUUUUCUUUUUUCAAGGAAAGGUUCUUAGAAGCUUUGCAUAUACUAGAUGCGGUACCCACAUUCCAAACAAAGAAGGCUUUUGAACAGGCAGUGUUUGAAAAGAGAUGAAUAAUUUGCAUGUAAAUCAUCUAGGUUUUAUUCUUUUCUCUCUUUCUCAUUUUCUUUUCCCUUGUUGUUUUAAAUUGGACCAAGAAGAAGGAAGCCAGAUUCUUAAAGUUCUAUUUUUUGUAUUUGUCACCCAGGAAAUUCUCCUUUACAAAACCCAUUAUAAUGAAUGGGAUCUACUGUACACCAUCAUAUGGUGCUUGAAGAUAGGUUUCAGUUAUUUCAGUGUUACACAGAUAGAAUCUGGGGACAAAACCAUGGUUUCCAGUGGCUUGGAAAUAUUGCCAGAAUGGUUAAUAGUUGAAUGGUCUGUUUAUUCCUGACAGGUUGGGACCCAGUUUAGAAACGUUUGAAAUGUAUGUGUAGAAAGCCUGGAUUCUGGAAUGCAUUACAAGAUUUUUCACUGCUCCCUUGUUAGAUAAAAAGCUGUAGAGCAGGCAAAGAAAACCCUGCAUAAAUUGCCUCUUGGUAGAUUUGGGCCUUUUUAAAUUGGAAAAUAAUAAGUUAAAUAUAUUUUGCGGGAUCAGGCUUUUGACAUGUGAUGAAUGUCUUCCUGAGAGUUUUUUUUUUUUUUAAUUUAACUUAUUCAUGUUUGGCUACCAGUAUUUUGCUGUUUUAGCCUUCUUUUCCAUGUUUGUAUAUGUAUGUAGUUUUGCAGUUUACAACAAGAGGCCAUUGUAAAUCGUAUAGCAGUAUAAUACACAUAUUUUCUUCAAAACUUCUGCAGAUAUAUAAAGUGAUAUUAAACUUUCUAAUGCUAUUUUUAUUUUUGUGGUUAUGCUAAUUUAGCCUUAAUGAAAGGUAUUAAAAAUUACAUUAACAAGAAACAAUUGUUGUGAAUAUUGCAGGAAUCCAAAAUUUGUUUAUC